GAUGUAUGAAACAAACAUCUAUAAUUUUAUCCACACUCAUCGAUGGUCCUAGAAGUCCAGGGAAUGAUAUUGAUAUUUAUUUGCAACCAUUGGUUGAUGAACUUCAAAGUUUAUGGAAUCCUGGGGUUUCUACUUAUGAUGCAACUGCAAAGAGUAUGUUCCAAUUACGUGCUGCAUUAUUAUGGACUAUAAAUGACUUUCCAGCCUAUGCCAUUAUUUCAGGUUGGAGUACAAAAGGUGCAUAUGCAUGCCCUUGUUGUAAUAAAAAUUGCCAAUCUCAAUGGCUAAAAAAUGGAAAGAAGCAUUGUUACAUGGGGCAUCGUCGGUUUCUUCCUAGCGGACAUAAGUAUCGUACAGAUAGGAUCCAUUUUGAUGGGACUAUUGAGAAAGCUCAUAAACCUAAACGAUUGUCUGGUCCUGAGAUAUUAGAGCAACUAAAUGGUAUGGUGAAUAGCUUUGGAAAACGUGAACCCAAAAAAAUAGGGGAGAAAAGACGAAGGAAGGAAAAAUCUCCUACCGAUUUCACAUGUAGAUACAAUUGGAAAAAGUUGAGUAUAUUUUUCCAAUUGCCAUACUGGAAAGAAAAUCUUAUUCCCCAUAAUCUAGACAUUAUGCAUAUAGAAAAAAAUGUUCUGGAAAAUAUCUUAUGGACUUUGCUUGGUGUUGCUGCUAAAACAAAGGACAAUGUUAAAUCUAGAUUGGAUCUUCAAAUUUUAGGCAUACGAAAGUCGCUACAUCCUCAAAGGAAAGGUGAUAAAUUUUAUCUUCAACCAGCUUGUUUCACGUUGGGUAAAAAGGAGAAGGAUUUAUUCUUACAAGUUUUGAAGAACGUAAAGGUUCCAGAUGGUUAUGCAUCAAACAUCUCGAAAUGUGUCAAUUUAGCUGAACGAAACAUAUUUGGUCUUAAAAGCCAUGAUUGCCAUAUUCUAAUGCAACAAUUGCUACCUGUUGCUUUAAGAAGAUGUGUUCCUAAGCAAGUCUGCAAAGCAAUUAUUGGCUUAUGUGAAGUUUUCAAGCAAUUAUAUUCAAAAGUGCACACAGUAGCUGAUUUUGAAGCUUUAGAGGAUCGAGUUGCCUUAGUGCUUUGCGAGUUGGAGAAAAUUUUCCCUCCUUCAUUUUUUGAUGUUAUGGAGCAUUUGCCUAUUCACUUGCCGGAAGAGGCUAAACUUGCUGGACCUGUUCAGUUUCGCUCUAUGUACCCCAUUGAGAGGUAUUUGUGCACAUUGAAAAACUAUGUCCGCACUCGAAGUCACCCUGAAGGAUCUAUAGCUGAGGGGUAUCUCGCUGAAGAAUGCAUGACAUUUUGUUCGAUGUAUUUAAGUGAUGUCGAGUCAAAGUUGAAUAGACCAAAUAGAAACAAUGAAAGUGGUGGGAUUGGUCCAAUCCAAGAUGGUCGUCCAUUGGGGAAAGAAGAAAUAUUUAUGCUGGACGACAUCGAAUGGAUUCAAGCACAUAGAUAUGUGUUGAAUAGUCUAUCGAUUGUUGAUAAUUUUAAAAGGGAACAUUUGCGUGUGCUACAACGUAAUCGUAAAAAUGGGCGCAUGUCAAAUUAUGAUAGGCAAAAGCUUCAUACUGAAACCUUUCAUGAUUGGUUUAAAAGUCAAGUAAAUGAAAUGGCAAACACAAGUAGUGAAAGUCUACACCCGGAUAUUCCAUUUUUAGCUGUUGGACCAAGUAAAUGGGCUCGUCGCUACACUGGGUAUAUUGUGAAUGGACUACGUUUCCAUACUAAGAAACGAGAGAUGAGAAGAAAAACUCAAAAUAGUGGAGUGUUCUUGACAGCUACUACCGAUAGUUUCUCGAGUAGUAAGGAUAAGAAUCCUAUAUCAGGAGACGUGUCAUUUUAUGGUGUUUUGAAAGAUAUAGUAGAAGUGAGGUAUACCAAUAAUUUGAAAUUUGUAUUGUUCAAGUGUGAUUGGGUUGACUAUAAUUUAGGAUUGAAACGUGAUGAGUUUAAUUUCACUUUGGUCAACUUUGCUCACUUACUAUAUAGAGGAAAUAGGCAAAUAGAUGAGCCAUUUAUUUUGGCAUCUCAAGCUCAACAAGCAUGGUAUAUUCAAGAUCCCGUUGAUCCAGAUUGGCAUGUAGCUUUGAAGAUGACACCUCGAGCUGUAUUCAAUGUUGAUCCAGAGGUUAAUGAAUUUGAAAGCAUUGAGGAUGAGCUGAUUUCAUGUCAACAAAAUGAAUCAGAUAUUAACAACGAAAGUAUAUCAUGGACUGGAGCAGAUGUUGAUAAUGUGAUAGUUGUUGAUGCUAUUGGUGAAGAUAAUGUUGAUAAGUUCAAUGAUGAAGAUGAUGAAGCUGAUUAUUUUUCUAGUGAUAAAUCUGAUUCCAGUGAUGAUGAUGACUAUUUUGAAGAUAUUAUACCAUCAGAUGAGAAUGAAACAGAUUAGGAGCAGUAGCAGGUGUGAGCAGAGCUUGUAUGGGCUUGAGCCAACAUGGGAGGGAGGCUUCUUUGUGUACAUGGUUCAAUUAGCUCAAUAGUAUUCGUCAUACGUAAUGUAACCAGAACUUUUUCUUUCUAGUUCAAGUUUGAUGAAUUAUACGGAAUUGGAAGUUAGACCAAUAACAUUGGAAAUUGUACCAUGUAUUUGGGAAAGUUUUGGAUGAUUUAUAUGAAGCAUAGAUUAGAAUAUUGUGUUU